UGAUCUCCAGCUGUUCUCGCUGUAAGACGUGCGACUGCCUCGUGUAUGACGAGGAGAUCAUGGCCGGCUGGACGGCGGACGACUCCAACCUGAACACCACCUGUCCCUUCUGUGGGAACCCGUUCCUGCCCUUCCUCAACGUGGAGAUCAGGGACAUGAGAGGACCCGGCAGGCUUUUCCUGAAGGGCAGCCCGUCGGUGGACGAGGCCAUGACCUCGUCGUACUCGGCCUCCACAGGUCUGGACACGGGGACGUCCACCUUGUCCACUCCGUGUCCUACGACGGCCGUCUUCCCUCCCUCCCCUGUGCUUGCUGUCCAGGAGUGUUCGGGGAGUGGAAGGACUGGAUCCACCAGAGCUCCGGGGUUCGGCAUCCCCUCGGAGCGCCGGCAGGGGUCUCCGUCCCCCGGAGCGCCGAUGGCUCGCAGCGUCAGCGCCUUCGGUCCUCUGGACGAAGCGCCGCUGCUCACCCGCUGCGUGCCGACGUCAGGCAGCCUGCCCAGCCGCCUGAACGAGACCGCGGUACGGUAACAGAGUCUUUACAUCAUUCAAUGCUGUACAAUAAAAAGGCACAUUCUGCUCAAUGUUUUGGCGAACAGGUAAACUGCCAUUCAGAAGUUAGUCAUCAGCCACAAGAGCUUGAUUCUUUACAGUCAGACAACUCUUUUCAAUCGGCGAGAUUGAAAAUCAUGUUUUCUUUAAACAAUCACCAAAACAACGCCGUUUAUCAUGGCCCACGGUCCUUGAACACAUCAUGUGUAACGAACACUUCUGUCAGAAAAAGCAGCUAAAACGGAACUUAAAAAUAUAUUUCAACAACAUUUUAUUCUUCAUGUUUCAUUAUAAAUGUCUCCUCUAAUAAAGA